GUCCCGUCGUGGUUUAUGUAGUACUAUUAUUUCAGAUUGUGGUUCGAAUUUCUUGGGUGCUAAACGCUAUCUUAGCGAGAUGCAUCAAUUAAUGCUAAGUAAGAAUCUUGAAGUUGAGUCUAUUUUGAUAAACCGGGGAAUCCAAUGGAAACUAAACCCGCCAACCGGAAGUCAUUUUGGAGGUAUAUUUGAAAGUGGGGUAAAAUCGAUGAAGUAUCACCUGAAACGGGUAAUCGGAAGUCAAAUAUUAACCUUUGAAGAGCUAACAACAAUUCUUACCAAAAUCGAAGCUAUUCUCAAUUCACGACCAUUAAUUUCGGUAUCUUCUGACCCCAACGAGGUAGACGUAUUGACACCUGCGCAUUUCUUGACAGGGAGUCCUCUAGUGAGCUUACCCGAGCCUCUCCUUGCUGAUAUACAAAUGUCAGUUCGUUCUAGAUGGCAGAUGCUACAAAAGCUAACUCAAAGUUUUUGGCGUGUCUGGCAUUUGGAUUAUCUUCAUACAUUACAGCAAUGCGCUAAAUGGUUUAAACACCACGGUAACGUUAAGCUGGGACAUAUAGUUAUGAUCGUGGAUCAAAACCUUCCACCGUUGGAAUGGCGUAUCGGCAGAAUUAGCAUAAUUCAUCCCGGGUCUGAUGGCGUAGUACGGGUUGUCACUGUCCAAACAGCUAACGACGCACAGGACAUAAUUAUGGAACCAGAGGAUCCUCGCAAGGAGGAGGAGAAGGUCAAUAAUCCUCAAUGCUGA